AUGAGUUGUGCCGAUUGGGAGUGUUUCUGCGCCAUUUGCGGCGGGCCUCUACGGGGCGUGAGCUACUGGAUCGACGACGACGAGGACAGCCCUCGCCCUGGCCUGGACGCGUAUAACCCAGAUGUCUUUCUGACUCGACCUGAAUAUCCAGAGCUGGAAUGGCUUGAUGACAUUCGCGCUCUUGGAGAGAAUCCCAAGACCAGUGCACCGUCGACUGUCUGGCUCUCAGGACCGGCUUCGGUGGGCGUCGAUGGCGACGUAAGGUUCGAGCUUGAGAAGGAUUCCGAUCCGGCUCUACAGGACAUGCCAGGAGCUGGAUAUAUGCAGGCAUACUGCCUGGAAGGCCAAAACCCUUGGUGUGCACCAUUCCACGUCAAAUGCCAUGAGGUGCUGCGACGUUUUCUUGGUGUGGAGUCCUUGGAUAGAGAGGUACUCAAUGAGACAUUCAAAAGUUUGGGUUCACGCGACGGAUGGGCGGCUUUCCUGGAGAUUGACUACGGAGAUAUAACCGAACAUAGGACGCGGGAUUGGUUCCCUCUGAGAAACCACGAAUACCUAGUAUCUGACCCGAUCGAUAUUGAAUGGCUGGCAAGAUUCUACAAGAGAUUGCCUCAGCGAAAGGAGGGAGGUGAUGAACCAGGCGGCGCCUACAACACGCAGGGCGAUCCAUUUAGCACACUUCCCCUUGACAUCCUCUCACUUCUAGUAUUAUCUAUUCCGACGAUGGAAGACGUUUUCAAAGCGAGGAUGGCGUCUCCUGCCCUGGCAAACGUCCCAUUGUCCCAGUCCUUUUGGAAGUCGCGGAUCGUGCCGGAUAUGCCCUGGCUAUGGGAUAUGCCCACUCCCUCGGAUGAACAGCGCCUAUCAGUAGACUGGAGCCGAGUCUACAAGGAGCUAUUCUGGGGGAGUCAGAGGAACGGGACGUUGGGUCUGUGUAAUAGGAGAAGGAUCUGGACUCAAAUGUGUCCGCAAUUUGGGAAGCGGUAUGCCUCCAUUGUGGAGGCCAAAGAUCACUAG